AUGAUUCGUCUCCCCUUUUUGCUUCUAGCAAGCCUUCUGCUGUUUUAUGGAGCCUACGUGCCAGAGCCAUUUCAUACUGUAACUGUCCCAUUCAAAACUGAAAAUGGAGGAUCGACCAACGAGAGUGUUUUUUUAGAGUUCCAUUGCCACACGGUAAUUUACGACAAGCACAUGGCAAUCAAGAUGGAGCUCGAAUCAUCAGAAGAAGUUGCUUUGGCUGCUGACAAAUGUGGAAGACGUAUAUUCCAAACAUCCAGGGACACAAAAAACGCCACGAUUUUCUUUGAUAAAGAUUGGGUGUCCGCAAUGCUGACUGGAAUUGCUAAAACGUGUGAUGUGGCAUCAGAAUACAAAGUUGAUUUGGUUUUCAACUGCGAUGGUGAAUGUAGUGGUAACUUGUCAUUCUCUCUCGCCGAGAUUCGUACUCCAAAACUGGACUUUACUAAAUCAUACAGCCCCAAUGGAGUGCUCGAGUAUAAUACAAUUGGAGGAGAGACACCAUCAAUAGCUUCUGCAGAAAUUGGAGUUCUCGUCGAAGCUGCAUUCCUCAAUUCUCGUACUCGUCUAAAUUUUGAAGUCAAUUACACUACCGAUUACACACUCGCUUUUGAGAAAUGUGGAUUGGAAUAUCUUCAGCUUGAAGGACACAAAGGACAUAAAGUGCAUGAGCUUGGAUGGGAGGAGACUAAACUCAUCCGCUUGAUGGCCACCACACAAUGUGAGCAAGACAGUAAGGAUAUGGUCAAUUAUGCCAUGAGAUCUUGGCAACCCGGAAACGGAACCCUCGCAUUCCACUGGAAAAGAGUACAUGAGGAAAUGAAGCAACAUCCAGGAAACGAUGUGACCGAAAUGGUUUUGGCAAUUGGUGUUCCAAAACAUCAUAAAAUGAAGAAGGAAGAGAGGCCAACCCAGUUAACACAUCUCGUCAGCUGUGCUAUUAUUCCAGUCAUUGUCGUCAUCCGCUAUCGUCAAUUCUUGUAA